CGGCUUUUACAGCGGGUACAGACUAUAGGCUUCUCCUUACUUCGUGUGGCGCGCUUCUCUCUCUCCAUACCUUCCACUCUCUCGCGCGACGGAGGCCGCAUACCUCUUCAGGAUGCAGUGUAGACCUGUCCAUUGCCUCGCAGACACCGGUCUGAGUUCUCCUUUCGAUCCGAAACGACGCCGAUGCCGGAUGAGGUCUGAGAUAGUAGAGAGAGAUCAGGCCCGCAGUUCGCUCGUUCUCCUUAGUUACUCAUCUGCAGGUGCGUCAUGCGGAUACUUACGUCGUAAGUUUCGUGAGGCACGUUUGAGUGAAUAAUAAUUCCGAACAGUGUGUUGCGAGAGUAUAGCACGUGCGGUGUCGUGACACAAUGAGGUGAUAAGCCGUGUUGUGACAGCGCGGGAGCGAACUUUGAAAGCAGGUGACGAUGUGGUCGAUUUUACUGCUGCUGAUCUCCACGUGGUCUUCGUCAUGGGGUCAAGUGAUAAACAGAGCGCCCCAUUUCGUUCAAGGGGGAGACAUGGCCAGGCUGGCUAUAUCGGAGGGCACGCCGCCCGGUGCUCCCGUUUACACCCUUCAGGGAGAAGAUCCUGAGGGAUCCAAGUUACGUUACUCUAUCAGCGGCGAGUACUUCACUGUAAACAGAAACACUGGUGUCGUGACUCUGAGAAAAGCUCUGGACAGGGAAACGCAAGAUCUCAUCGAAGUCAUUAUCAGUAUAACAGAUGAAGGUAUUGCCGGAUCAGAACCUAACACGAUAUCUCUUCGUCGCGAAAUAGCGGUGCUCGACGAAAACGAUAAUCCACCGGUGUAUCACGAUCGGCCGUAUGCGGCUAGAGUGCCCGAGAGUUCGCACGUAGGCAGUCUGCUGCUUCCUCAGGGCUCGAUCAUGAUCACAGAUCGAGAUGGCGGCGUCAAUGCCGACGUUCAUGUGCAAUGUGUCGCGACGUCGCGCGAUGACGAUGUCUGUGAAAUCUUCGAAAUCGCUACGGAGAAGCUGGGUGAAGGAAAAUACGACGUACAGAUUACGUUGGUAAAACCGUUAGACUAUGAAAGGAGAAAUUCGUAUUUGAUUAAUCUGCUGGCUGUCGACGGUGCCAGCGAUCCGUCAAAGCGGUUGCAGGCCAGAGCGACCGUUGCAGUUGAUGUUCUCGAUGUUCAGGAUCAGCCACCUAUUUUCCUGAAUGCGCCUUAUAACGCAGCGCUUCCGGAAAAUACCGCAGCUGGUCACACGGUUUUGAUGGUGCGAGCGCGUGACGGUGACAUGGGCCAGCCGAGAAAUCUGUUGUUGACGUUGGAGGACGAAGCUGCGGGCCACUUCGAUCUAGAAUUAUCCCGGAAAAACGACGUCACCAUUGGCAAGCUGAUCACGACCAACGUGUCUCUCGAUCGCGAGGAUCCAAGGAUUCUGCAGAACGGCGGCAUUUACACUUUCAAAGUUAAGGCCACCGAGAUGAUCAACAACGAGAUACCAGCUGACACCGCUACGUCGGUUAUUACGAUUGUCGUCACGGACAUGGACGAUCUCGCGCCCGUUUUCAACGAAGAGUUCUUCAGCAUCAAGAUCUCCGAAGAUAUUGGAACUGACACUCCACUACCAGGUUUGAACAUGAUUGUGAGCGACGAUGACGUGGGCGACAAUGCAAGAUAUUUUCUGGCGUUGCGAGACGCGCCUGCAUAUCCGGGAAUCAGCAAGGCGUUCACUGUCAAUCCCGAAGAGGCUCAGGGUCGAGUACCGGUAGUGAUCAAGGCUAAGGACGUCGGUGUUCUCGAUUAUGACGUUGACAAUCCCGCGAGAAAGGAACUCGAGUUUGAAGUCGUCGCGACUGUAGCGAAUAAAGUGGUGGCCAUUUCCAGAGUGCACAUUCAAUUGUUGGACGCCAACGAUCACAGUCCCGAAUUUUCUCAAUCGGUGUACAAAUUGUCAGUUUCGGAAGACGCGGAACCCGGAUUGCGUUUUGGCGACGUUUCCGCAAAAGAUUACGACAGCGGAUCUUUCGGCGAAUUGACGUACACGCUUCGAGGUUUCGGCGCGGACAAGUUCAGAACCGAUUCGCAAGCAGGAGGUAUAUUUGUGUCGAAGAAACUGGAUUACGAGACGCAAAAGUCUUAUUCCUUGACGAUGGAGGCGAAGGACGGCGGUGGCCGAGUGUCCGCCGUCAAUAUUCUCAUCGAGCUUGAUGAUGUCAACGACAACAAGCCAGUAUUCGAACAAACGGAAUAUUCCAGAACUGUUCGCGAAGGCGCCACCAGUUUCGAUCCACAAAUGUUCGUCAGGGCGACUGACAUCGAUGGACCCACGCAGGGCAAUGGAAAAAUCGUGUACUCGAUCGACCGACAUAACAGUAUGACCGACGAUGUCUUCAAGAUCAAUCCGGAUUCAGGUGAGAUAACCAUGUCGAGGCCGGUUCGUUCCGGGGAUACUGAAAGAGGGAUUUACGAAUUGAUAAUUCGCGCGACGGAUACUGGCACAUCGCCUCUGUAUUCCGAGGCGAAGCUCUUGGUUCGCGUUGGCGUUCCCGGAAAUCAGAAACCAAUCUUCCGCGGAAACUACAAGUCGAACUUACCGGGUCCCAGCACCUAUCGAGCCAGACUCUUGGAGAACGCGUCUCCCGGAACGGAAGUUAUUCGGGUGAUCGCUAACGAUCCCGACGGAAGGGACAACUUGCUGCAAUAUUACAUCGCGUCCGGAUCUAAAGACAAUUUUGUCAUCGAUUCCAGUUCCGGCAUCAUAACUGUGUCACCUGAUGCUCGCCUGGAUCUGGAAACUGGUGGUGAGAAAUACGAGGUGAUCGUGUACGCCGUUGAUUCUGGCACACCUGUCAAAGAAACAGCUACAACUACUGUCACUGUAAACAUUAUCGACGUGAAUAACAAACCGCCGACUUUCAAUGAAUCUACGUAUUCGGUUUAUGUCUCGGAACGCGCAGCUAUUGGAGAGCCCGUGUUAAAAGCGGUAGCGACCGAUCCCGACGCAGACGCGAACUUGGAGUACUCUCUGGUGGAGCCCAUAAAGGCUGUCGACAAAACCGGUGUGGCGUUAAAAAGCACAACUCCUUAUGAUUACAAAAACGCAUUUCGAAUAAACUCCGCGACCGGUUUGAUAACAGUCAAUCAAGUAUUGGAUUAUCAGGUAGCUGCUGUCAUAAUACUGACGGUGCAGGCGCAGGACUUGAACGCGGUCGUCGACAAAAACGCUCAAGUAGCGAAAAUAGAUGUGACCAUUUACAUUCAAGCUUACAGCGACGACAAUCCGACGUUCACCAAUUCGGGAUGGUCACCCAACAAUCCGACGAUAAAGAUUACGGUUCCGGAAGAACAGCCUCUGGGCACAACGUUGUUGAUGCUGUCGGCAAAAGAGCCGACAACCGGUGAUUUGGUUCAAAGAUUUGAACUGGUGAGGAAAGACGACGACGAAAGCUACGUCAAUGUAGGCGUUCAAAGUGGCAAUGUAAUACUGAGCAAGAGACUGGAUUACGAAACGUUGAGUGAGAAGUUUAUUCGCUUCAGAGUACGGGCCCUUGCCAGAGAUUACGACAUAACGCGAAAGAUGUCGGAAGCCAAUGUGAUAGUCGAGAUUCAGGAUAUCAACGAUAACAAUCCGGUAUUCGCUCAAAAAGACUAUAAAAUUUCCGUAUUGGAGUCGGCGAAGCCCUUGAAAAUUGUGUUGAACGUAAAGGCGACAGAUAUGGACAGUUCUGACACCGAACAGGAAAUCAAGAGGGGGUACGGCGAAGUGAGAUAUUCAUUGACCGGUGAAAACGCCAAUCUUUUCGAAGUGGAUCCCAUAUUGGGCAAUAUUCAGAUCGCCGCGAACACGACUCUCGACAGAGAGAGACAAUCGGUUCUGCGUUUCUACGUCGUGGCGUCGGACAUGCCUCAAGGCGGAGCCGAGCAACGAAGCAAUCGAGCUUUGGUAACGGUUGACGUUCUCGAUGUUAACGACAACGCUCCUACUUUCGAACAGGAAUCUUACACAGCGGUUAUCCCGGAGAAUGCGCCAGUAAGAAUCAGCGUGGUGAACAUUACAGCUACCGAUCCUGAUGAAGGAGAUGGCGGAAUAAUCCACUUUGAGAUAAUCGACGAAGGCGAAGCCAAUGGAUUGUUUAAGAUAAAUCACACAACGGGUGAGAUUUCUUCGGCGAAAGCACUGACGGGCAAAGGCAGAACCGAACCUUAUAACAUGCGAGUACGAGCACAGGACGGAGGUAAACCUUCUCUUUACGCGGAUGUGGGUCUCACUUUAUACAUCGGCGAUGUAGUGAGCAACGACGGCGUGCCCCUAUUCAUCAGACCGACAUUGGAAGAAGUGGCUUACGUGGCUGAAAACUCCACGAUCGGCAGUCCGGUGUUUCAAGUAGUGGCGUCCGAUCCUGACGAUCCGAAUCUACCGAACGGCAAGAUCACGUUUCGCUUCUUGGAGGACGGCAAUUUCGGCAAGGACACGAGUGCGUUUAGAAUCAACAGCGAGACCGGGCUGAUCAGCACGCGGAAACUGCUCGAUCGAGAGGUGAAAGAUAGCUACACGCUGAUCCUGGUGGCGCAGGAUCUCGGCGAACCGCCGCAGCAGGCGACUCGAGUGCUUCAAGUGAUCGUGAACGAUAUCGACGACCACAAACCGCAUUUCAAGCGCAGCUUGGACAGUCCGCCGAUCGAGCUUAGCGUUCCGGAAGAGAUGCCGGUAGGUACCAAAGUCGGCGUGAUCGAAGCAAUCGACGAAGACAUCGGCGAGAACGGCAUGAUCGAUUACGAGAUUGUGUACGGGAAUGAAGCGAGGCUCUUCGUUGUGCAGCGGCUGGAGAACGAGUCCGCCGUCAUCAAAACGAACGGUCGUCUCGAUCGAGAAACCGCCGAGUCUCACUUAUUGACUAUCAAAUGUUUCAAGUACUCUUCUAAAAAAUUGGAUGUAGUGCCAAAACCGUAUAACAGACAAGACCCGUCGGAAAGACAGGUUCUCGUCAGAGUUCUGGACGUCGACGAUAACAAACCGCGCUUCAAGAAAAACAAUGUAACUCUGGGAGUUCGGUUGAACGUGCUGAUCGACACCAGCCUGAUCACUCUGGAAGCUUACGACGCCGAUUCCGGUGCGUUGCCGAUCACCUACAACAUGAGCAAAGUGUCUUUCACGUCCCUCGUCGAUCCUUCCAUGUCGAAGGAGGAAGUCCCGCCGCAGUUGUCCUUGAACACGCGCACUGGCGAGCUCAGAACGACCGGCUCAAUGGCAGCAUACGCGGACGGUUUCCUGGAGAUGAUCGUGUCGGCGAACAAUUCGAUGACGCCGGGACGCGAGACCAACAUUACCGUGCGUAUCUUUCUUCUGCGCGAUCGCGACAUGCUGAAAUUUGUGUUCUCGAAACCACCGGUCGAAGUAAGAAAAACGUUGGAAGACUUCGAGCAAGCGGUUCAACAGGCGCUCUCACUGCCAAUCAGCGUAAACGUUUACGACACGCAGUUCUAUUCGAAGGAAGACAACUCUCUGGAUUUCUCGUCCACCAGCUCCUGCUUCCAAAUGGUCGGUAAAGAGUCCUACGAUCUGAACGAGAUGCGAGCGUUGCUGACCGAUCCGAAGAACGAAGAACUGAAAAAGGUAUACAGGAAAUAUCACGUGGAAAAGGUGCAACAUUGCGCCGCGAUGGUAGCUCGCGCCGAUGCUUCUAUGACGCAGAUAUGGGUUCUGGUGAUUGCAGUCCUCGUCGGCAUCGCUACUAUAAUUUCCAGCUGCACGUUGUGUUUCAUGCACGCGAGAUAUAAACGGCAAGUAAAACACGCGCGUUUGCGCGACCAACCGCGACCGCCUCUGAGUUAUGUGUCUUCCGGACCGGCCAUAGUUAGCGCUGGGUCUCACACGACUCUGGGCCCGAGUACGAUGGUCACAUUAAGCCCGCACGAAGGUCCGUACGAGUGGGGAGCGGACACGACGCUUUAUCAUCCGAGUACGUUAGGCUCGAGAGCGUAGAGAUUCAAGGAGAUAUUGAAAAUGAUUGUGGUCUUAUAUAAGAACGAAUGUGAAAUGAUUCAAUGGUGCUAUAUUUGUAAAAAAAAUGAUUUAAGAUUAUAUACAUGUAUAAUAAAGUAUUAUGAGAUUUGUAAAAUAUAACGAGAUGCUACUUCGAGUAAUUUAAGAUUAGUAACUCAUGCAUAUUUUCGAGUAUCAUGAGCGCAUAGUAUCGUUAAGUUCUGAACGUUCUGCUUUUAUGUAAAAUAAAUAUCAUAUUAUUUAUAUAAGAUAGACUAGAACGCUGUACAUUUCAUUUAUAAUCGAAAAGACGUGUAUUUUUAAGUUUGUAAAAUUUUGUGUUGUUCGCUUCAGUUUCGCGUGUUUUAAUGUUUGAU